AUGUUGCUGUGCGGGGUGCGGCCUGGUACGCCGUUUGCCAGGCUCUACUGCAGCCUCUUGGGCCAGCUCGCCGCGCGCGCCCCCCCGUCCGACGAGGCGGGCGCGAAACGGCCAUCGGCCCCGUCCCUCGCGGAUGCGCCCCGCACGCCCUCAACUGGGGGGGCCCUCCCGCGGUCGCGCGCGAAGGCCUCAGGCGACGCAGGGUCCCCCUUUUCCCCCUCCCCCGGGACGGGGCUGUCACAGACCCCUCUGAGGCUUCUUCGGUCGCACCGCGGUCAUGGGGAGCCGGAUCUCGACACCGCGCGUUCGGACCCCCAUGCCAUGAGAGCGGAGCCGAAGAAGCCCACUUCCGCCUUGCCGGAGACGCACCUUGACACUCGGUACACCCCAUUGCCCCCCAUUUUCGAAUCCAGCUCAUUGCCGCCAGUGUCUGCUGUCAACCCUCCCCCGGGAUUCGCGAUUUCGGAUAUUUCUUUGGCUUCUUUCCCCGGUGCGAGUGGGUCGUCCUUGAAGAAAGUUGAGGUUUCUCAAGCCUUUUUACCCAUGGGGAAUGGAAGCCUUCGGGGCCUUGAGGAUUUAACCAGCCUUUGCACCUCAGUGUGGAGCAGCCACGAGCGGGGUGGCGUCGGAGUGAGCUCAAGAAACGAAUCAAACACGGGUUCUUCGUACAUGCCACCACUCGAAGACCUAUGCAGCUGCCCACAGAAUGCACCAUGCACAUCGGAACCAACGACAAUGGCUGAAGUCGCAUCUGAAGCCUUCAAAACGAGUCUUAAUAAUGAGAAAGGAUCUAUUACUGAUAAGCUAUCAGUAAUUAAACGCACAAACUAUAGUAAUUUUGAUCGUCCACCCUCUUUGAAUACACUGCGGGGUCGAGAUUUUAGAACAGACAGACAAGAUCAUAAGCUUGAUCCGGUUGUUGUUCUGUCAUUAGGUCCUAUUUUUCCAAAUAUCGGCAAGCACGUAGCCUGA